CUCGAGAAAUUCGAACGAUCUGAUUCCAAGCCUCGAGGCAGAAAAACACAUCUCAUGAGACCCAGGGGACGACUGGUCUUCGCCAGAUCAUCGCAACUCAUGCCCUGUUCCUGCACUCCCGUAUUCUUGAUCGUGAAACCUGGUGUACCGACCUCUGCCUGUCCUCCGACCGAUCCCUUUGGGCAUGGGAUGAUCAUCGAGUUCGAAGUCGCAGUUCUCCACCCAAAUGUCCUCGGCUCACUACAUGGGACUUUCUGUUCGAGGCUUUCCGUCGUGGAGCUUGAGGAAAACGCAUUGUUUAAAAACAAACAAGCAAACAAACAAAAAGGAGGCAUGUCUUCGGCACAGGGGCUUUUAAACAGCGUCUUCUCUUGCUCCUCUCCGGCAUCCAAGGCCACAAGCAAGCAGAGGCUGCGGCAAACAAGGAGUCUGGACCCUGCCAUCGUCAGACACUGCAGCACCGGGUCCGAUUGUGCAAGUGACGCGCAGUUGACCGCUUCGACUGUCCCGGACGCAUGUGCGUCCUCGAAGCCGUUUUACCGCACCAAGACAUUCAUGCUCAAAGAACCCAUCGCACCUUCGAUCUCCUCUCCCUCCAUACCUUUGGACGUGUCCCCGUCGUCCAACUUUCAUUUUGACUACGAGGUACUGAAGCGUUCCAAAAGGAGUCCGACUGGGGAUUUACCGCUCCUUGUGCGCGGAUCUGGGUUAACCACCUCAGGGAGCACCGGGGCGCUUUUCUCGCCUCGGAGGUGGCUCCAGAAGCGGACACAGCAGCCGUGCUCUCAUACUGACGUCGUUUGGAAACCGCAGGGUGACUUCACUUGGAGCAGCCUGUCCGGCCAGAGUGUGCGUCUCACUGCAGUUGCCAUACAGAGCCUGUCCGAACUGGAGAGGGCCCGUCUCCAGGAAGUGGCUUAUGCCCGCUUGCAUCAAGACUACGAUGUUGGAUGUCAGAUUACUGUGCCAAAAGAUGGACAGAAGAGGAAAAAGUCCUUAAGAAGGAAGCUGGAUUCUUUAUCCAAGGAGAAGAGCAAAGAUAAAGAGGGUGUUCCUCAAGCCUUCAGUAUACCCCUUUCCCAGGUCAUCGCAAAUGACAGGGCGCAUAGGCAGCGCCAGGACGGCUAUCGUCAGGAUCCGCCACAGCGAGAGGAGCACAAGGACUCUUCUGACCUUGUCUCUUCCAUUCUACAGUUUGCGACUAAGCGAUCUUCUAAUAAGGAGCUCUCAAGCAGUAACUCAUCAUUGAGCUCCACAUCGGAGACAGCCAACGAGUCAACGUCGCCCAACACGCCUGAGGCUGCACCGCGAGUGCGCAGACGUGGUGGCAUGUCGGUAGAUUCGAUAACAGAUCUGGAUGACAACCAGUCCCGGUUACUGGAAGCACUGCAGCUCUCCCUGCCUGCAGAGACGCCAAGUAAAAAAGAGAAGCACAGGGAUAAACGGCUGAGUCUCAACCCUAUAUACCGCCAGGUCCCCCGUAUGGUCGACAGCUGUUGUCAACACAUUGAGAAAUACGGUUUGCAGACAGUUGGGAUAUUCCGGGUGGGAAGUUCCAAGAAAAGAGUUCGGCAGUUACGAGAGGAGUUUGACCGUGGCAUUGAUGUCCAGUUAGAUGAGGAGCACAGCGUUCACGAUGUGGCCGCUUUGUUGAAGGAGUUCUUCAGGGACAUGCCUGACCCACUUCUCACCAAAGAGCUGUACACUGCCUUCAUAAACACUACAUUGUUGGAUGCAGAGGAGCAGCAAAGUGUCAUGCAGCUCCUGGUGUACUUGCUCCCAGCAUCCAACAGCGACACACUGCACCGCCUCCUGUUGUUCCUGUCCACCGUGGCCGACCAUGCCGAUGACCGGCAAGACAAAGAUAGACAGGAGAUCACGGGGAACAAAAUGACCUCCUUAAACCUGGCCACAAUCUUUGGCCCCAACCUGCUCCAUAAACUCAAGUCUUCAGACAAAGAGUUCAGUGUCCAGAGCUCAGCCCGGGCGGAGGAGAGUACAGCCGUCAUCGCUGUGCUACAGAAAAUGAUCGCCAGCUACCAGACCCUCUUCAUGGUCCCACCUGACCUGCAAAAUGAAGUUUUAAUGAGUCUACUGGAAACAGACCCCGAUGUGGUGGACUAUCUCUUGAGACGAAAAGCAUCACAGAGUAUGGAUCUACUCCACUCUGAGGAGCCCUUCACCCUGAGCGAACGCCACUCCUCCAGCGACUCAAACAAACCAUCCAGUGGGGAGGUGUCUCCAUAUGACAACAACUCCCCCACCCUGAAUGAACGGAGAGGGGAGGCAGGGAAGCCAAAUGGUCCGAUGAUAGGGCAAGUGGCGGCCUGGGCAGGGGAGUCUGGAGUUGACAGCAGGGUGGGACCAGACUGUAUAUCAGAGGAACAUGCUAACAUUUGGGGGACGUGGCACACGACUCUCAAACAAGCACUCAAGGACCAAACUUAUACAGGUUCCCAGGACAAUAUUACAUACAGGAAGGAGGAAGGAAUACAGGAAGGACUCGAUGGACUCCGUGAUGAUAGCAGACACAAGCCGAUGACACUGCCAACAAGGACAGUGUCUGGCAUCGCCGGGUGUAGACCCCACCCGCCAGUGACCGGUCUGGGCACUAGCCCUCACCUGCAGCCAACCAACAAUCGCUCUGUGCAAGCCCUCGAGCAUGCUCAUGGAGCCUGCACAACGUCGGGAAUGAAAGGCUGGGUGAACUCUAACGAGAGUGUCCGAUACCCUCCCCCUUAUAAUGUUCACCACCAUCUGGCCGCUUGUCAAAGUUCGCCACGGCUUCCAGCAGCUCAGCAGCACCCCCUGCAGCACAAUAUGCCAAGGGCUGAACAGAAAAACUCCGAUGGGCCCAUGAUGCUGCACAGCCAGGAGUGGCAGGACUGGCAGAGGGACCGCUGGCAAAUAUGGCAGCUGCUAUCAUCAGACAGUGCGGACACAUUGCCGGAGACGUUGGUGUGAAAGCAUCAAGCCAGCUUUAUUUCAGAUCUGAUGACAGCUUGGAGAAAGUCGCUUACGAUUAUCACACAGCUUCAUCUUUCCUCUGUUCAUCCCUGGAUCUGCCAGCAUGUUCACGCCAUGCUAUUUUUCUUUUCAUAUUCAGCUGCUGCCUUAUACAGACUUUGAAACCUCUAUGAGCCAUCACUCAUGAUUUUGUUCGGAUAUUGUUUGUGCUCCACAUUUCAGUUUAAAGCAUUUGAAAUCAGCCCCCAGAAAUACCUAAAAAAAUCAUCACAGCACUUCGAAACAUAGCCAUGAAUGCCAUCUGGUCUGUUUUGAUUUUAGUGGCGAGCAAUAGGAAAUGUGCUAGCUCACUCAGUUAAACAAAAGGUAACGUCAGACUAAGAUUUUGACUUUUGUCAAUGUUUAAAUGCAAAAAAUUCUCAUCAACACCGUGAAAGGAGUUCAUCAAACAUUUGAUUUGAAGUAUGUCUGUCUUUCAAGCCUUUGUUAUAAAUGUUGGUCUUUGUAAGACUGCUCUUUUUUCCCCUCAGUGUUGAAUGUAAUUGUAAUGUUGAAGCACUCAGCUGUAAAUUUGCCACCUGCUGCACUAUGAGAUACGCCAAAGUUUAUUUUUUUUUUCCCUAUUUCACUUCAGGAUACACAUUGUGGUUCAUGUGGCAGGAGAACAAUGUUUGCAUCAUAUUUAAAAAAUAUCCAUGUGAGUUUCUGGUGUGUGUGCGUUUGUAAGUAAAAUACAGUGAAAUCACAAAGUAACGGAUGAAAAGGGGAGAGAGGUGAUUCAUUAUUGCUAUUUGUCCCUUAAACAAAUCAAAUUUUUUUUUCAUGCCUUAAAAACACCCACCACCGCAGUACAAAAGAAUUUCAAAUAAAUGUUUGAAAAAUUUGUAAGUGUCCUCAGGCCACUAAACUCCCUACUCCAGCUUCUAAUGUACCAUUUUCACCAAUCUUAAGCUUCGUGUGCUUCCUGUUAUCAUUUCUGUUACGAUUUAAUGCCAUAGUGAACGGCUUGACAAAAAAGAAAAAAAAUGCUUAACGUAUAUCAGUAUGUAUCAAUAUACAGUAAAAUGUUUGCAUUGCAUGCUUGUACAUGAACAGCACUCAAGUAAAAAACAGUGGCUAUUCCCAGAACUACAUUGUUGAUUGCACCUGUCCUUUGGGUCCGGGACGAUUAAUUUGUGGUUUCACUGUACACCAAAACUGUGCUGUCACCCUGAUGAUUAAAAAAAAAAAUGUAUUCUGUAUUUAUAAGUCUCAAUUUGAAUAGGCCAAACGUGUGGAGUAUUUCUUGAAAUUGGGCAUCAGUUCUCGUAAUGUUUUUUUUUUGUUUGUUUGUUUAUUGUCAGUCCUAUACAAUGUCAAAAUACUACACAGUAUAUGUUCAAUGUACAAUGGUCAGUUGGUUAUCUGUUUUCUAUGUGCAGCUUUUGCCACUGCAUUGUGUGCUAAGGGUGAUAUCGUGAUUUGUGCCGAGUAGGCUGAAUUACGCCGAUUAACUGACCAAUACCAGCAGGUUGGGCUUCUGGAACCGAAUGUUUCAGCUUGAACCUCUUCAUACAUUUUAUAAAUAUGAAACCAGCACUUUUAAAUGAAACCCCAAACCUACAUCGCAAAAAUACAAAAUCUUACCUCGUUAAUUGAUCUUACUUUUUCCUGAAAAGAUCUUAAUGCACUUAUUUUUAGGCAGUUUUAAGUUUGUCCUAAAUUUUCAGCAAGACAAAAAGACUUGUUUUAAGUUAGAAUAGCUUACUUUGUCACUAAUGGUGCACACACCUGACUUUUGUGCAGGGAGUCUCAAAUCGAUUCCUGCUCUGUGACAGUGUCAAUAUGUGCCCUUCCACUGACUGAUGACCAGUUCAUGGUUUAGGCUGCCUUUCGUCUGAGGUUACCUGGGUUAGGCUCCAUCACUCUGAGCGACCCUUGUGAGGAUAAGCAUCUUGUAAAAAGGAUGUGAAUCUUAUUUUAAAAAUCUUAUCAAGUAGAUACGUUACUUCCAUUGGCAUAUUUUUUUCACUUAUUUUACAAAUUAUUUUGUUUAUAUUUUUAAUUUUUUCCAAUUGUUUUGAGAAGGCCUUUUUUAUUUUUACCAAUGCAGCUGCCCAACUCCUCCUGAAGACUUAAUCAUAUGGGUAUUUGCUGGCAAAUAUUUCAUAAUGUGUGUAUUUUUUUGAAAAGUUGAAGUAAAAGAAACAAAGAAGUAGUAGAGUCUAAGAGUUGGACACAUGAUGUUGAAAAUUUGCCAUCACCUGUUUUUCAGGCCACUGUGCCGUUUCUACUCUGGAGGAAAACGUGUGGAGUGUCUUCUGUUAAGAUUAUGUACACUUAAGGGAGUAAAUAAACGUGCUAUAGCUCAUAGUUAGGGAUCAUACAUUGUUAACAAAAAAGCAAAUGUGCUUUGCUUUCCCGAGUGAAAGAUAUGAUAUGCAGUACUGUUUUAAGAAAAAUUCAAUAUCGUCCUGGUGUUUCUCAGUCUCACAUCCCAUUGUGCCAUGGUGGAUUUAUUGACAUCAGUGUGGUUUAUUGGUCCAAUUUAUCACUCGAUAUUUUGCUAUUUGUUUUUUUUUUUUCUUUGGUACCACCUGAUUGCUAUGUAUGUUAUAAUGGAAUUAAAUGUGGUUACGUUCA